AUAAAUGCUUACCAUAUAAAAUAUUAUUAAAAAGUUUUAACCUGAUUUGACAAUUCUUUAUUAAGAAAUUGAAGAGAUAAUUAAUUCUUUCACUUGGGGAACAUUAAUUCAUAAAAUAUGAGUGAAGAUCAUUCAAAUCCCGUUGAAUUAUGGAUUUACGAUUUAUCGCGAGGAGUUGCAGUUGUUAUGUCACAAUUAUUAAUUGGGAAAAAAAUCGAUGGAAUUUGGCAUACAUCUAUUGUAGUAUAUGGUAAAGAAUACUUCUUUGGGAGUCAAGGUAUAUCAUCAUGUUUUCCUGGAGAAGUUAUUAAUGAACCGGUGAAAAAAGAAGUAUUAGGUCAAACACAAAUACCGUAUUCGAUAUUUAUUGAUUAUUUGACAGGACUUGGAGAAUCUACAUAUCACGGAAGUACAUACGAUCUAUUUUCACACAAUUGCAAUAAUUUUUCUGAAGAAAUAGCUCAAUUUUUAUGUGGUGUUGGAAUUCCACGAUAUAUACUUGAAUUACCUGAUGAAGUGCUAAAUACACCAUUAGGUCAACAGUUGCGUCCACUUUUAGAAAUUACAAUCAAAGGUCCAAAUUCAGCACCACAACCAAUUCGAGAACGAUCACCAUCACCUGGUCUACAACGGCUCAAUCAACAAAUUGAAGAGACGAGAAUUAAAUCCUUACAACUAAAAGAAAAACGGAAUAAUCUACAUGAAAAAUUAGCAAAAAGGGAGCGUAAAAAAGAAAAGAAAAGAAGAAAACAAUUAAAAGAAAGAGGAUAUUCAGUUGAAGAAUUUGAAGAGAAUUGGUCAACCUAUAAAAGAAUGGCAGAAUCAGAUGUUUCAGUUCCUGCUCCAGAAGAAACUAGAAGCAGCGAACCCAAUGAACGCCCAGAGAUUUCUUCUGAAAUAGUUCGUGAACUCGAAGAAGAAGAACUUAGAGAGCGAGAAGAGAGAAAGAAAAAUCGUGAACCACCGAUAAUUUUUAAAGAUGCUGUAAAUAUCCAAGUUGAAUUCGAUGCGUUAGUUGGGUUAGUCGAUGGAAAAUUAAAUGAAGAAGAACAACAUUCGCUGGAAGAACUUCAUCAAUACAUGUUAGAGGAUGAAGGAAGUUGGGCUCUUGGGGAAAACUUUUUGGGUUUCAUUGGUCGAUUAUUACACGAUAAAUCACUACCAGUCGAAGUUCGUGUUCGUACUUUAAAUGUUUUGGCACUUGCAGCACUAAAAGAUGAUGUAAUUUUACUGCUACAUCAAGACCGACGUGAACAUAUAAUAAUGAAUUAUGCUUACGAUAUUGAUCGGAGUCCAGUUGAAGAACAAGAAGCUUUAGCUUUAUUUAUAUGCAACUUGUUUGAAAAUUUAAGUUCAUCUGAAUGGCUUUUAUAUAUUUCCGAAUGGACAUUUUGUAAUAAUUCAAUAAGUAAUAUUCGAGUAACAACCAAAGUUGCCGUACAUUCAUUAUUAUCAGAUCGACCGACAUUACAAGAAAAAGGUGUUGCCAUCAUUCAUAAUCUCGCUUGCAAGGAGAAAAUGCACAGGUGUAAAAAGCUGCGACGCAUGCUACCCAAAGGCAGUAUUUCUAAGGUAUUUGACGAUGUUGCAGUAGAAUUAACAAUGGCAGUAUUACAAUUCUUUCAAUCAAAACCAUCUGAAGAUCAACUAUUUAAUUGUAUGAAAGCAUUAGCUCGUUUCACACAAAUAAGCGGGCAAGAAGUACCACAGCUCAUUCAAAUGAUUGGACCUGAUCCAAGAUCAUUUAAAGGAAUAAAUGAGCGAAUUGAUGAACAGAUUGCUCUUGUUGCAAAAAAAUUACGUUAAAAUAUUGAAUAUGUAUAUUGAGACCAAAGACUUUAAUUACAGGACUGUGACAUCUGUAUUAUGUGGUGUGUCUAAGAACGAGCGCCUGAGACGUACAUAGCCAAUAAUUAAAGCCUUUGAUUGGAACGAUUUGAUACACAAAAAUUUUGUAUACUGAUUUCAUGUGUUGUGUUUUUGUGCAUGUGGUUUCAUCUUUUCUAAUUGUUGGUAUUAAAAUUGUUUAUAUAACUUGUUUUCAAUUAAAAAAAAAUUUAUUAAUUCGUA